AUGCAUUCCAUUCCCUCAAAAUCAUUCCAUCCGUCCCCCCUGUUUUUUUUCAAUUUCAUUCCCUCUUCUCCCUUUAUUAACAACACCACAACCCACCACUAUUGCCGCCACCCACCACAACCGCCAUCCACCACCACCGGCGCCUGUCGUUGUCACCCACCUCCACCGCCACCCAUCGCCAUCACCGCUACCAAUGCCACCGCCGCCAACUCCGACCACCACCGCCGCCCACCGACGACAUCACCACUGCCAACACUGCCACCGCAACCAUCAUCGCCACCACCGCCUGACCCGCCACCUUCGCUACCGCCACCCGCUGCCACCCACCUCCGUCCCCACCACCGCCACCGCCGCCAUCCAUCGUCGCCACUGCCACCUCCGCCACCACCGUCGAUGCCACUUUCGAUCACCGCCACCACCCACGUCUACCACCACCCACCAUCGCCGCUGCCAACCUCCGAUCAACGCCGCCACCCACCUCCGCCACCGCUGCCGCUACCACCCAUCGUCAACACUGCUACCACCUACGACCACCGCCCCACCACUAUCUCCACCGCCACCAUCGCCACCGCCACCACCCUCCUCGUCGUCACCCACCACCACCGCAUAACCACCUACCACCGCCGCCACCCAUGUCGCUGGUACAACUGCCACCUAUCACCACCCACCAUCAAUGCCCACCACUGA